CUCUCUCUCUCUCUCUCUCUCUCCCUCUCUCUCUCAUUUAAAAAUGCUUGGAAAGCGUUAGGAUAAAGCGAAAGGGUUGACAAGGAAGCCUCUUCUCGUGACCCCCACCAACCCAAUUGGGAACAAAACAGAAAAAUGGAACCGACCCGGGACUAAAAGGAGGCAAAAGGGCACUUGGGAAAGCUGGCCCUUUCUUUCAAAACACCAUCCCCCCCGUCGGCAGCAUUUCCCUCAAAGUAACCAAAACACACAGUCCAGUCCAUCAAGAGCACGAGAUCUUAGGAAAACUGAUGUAUAAGAAGAAGAUGAACAAGGCGGAGCAGAGGGAGCAGAACUACUCGGCCUUGGCCAUGAAAGGCAAAGAGACUCUUAAAGGAGCCCCGACCGCUGAUCUGCUCGUAUGCUUCCCCUCGCGGGCGCACCUGGCGCUGAUGCCGAAGCCCAUUUGCAGCCCAGCGAGGCCGCCCUCAGAGACGAACAUGUCCCAUCGCCGUCGUCACCACCACCACCACCACCACCGUCGCCAGGGCCAGCAAACCAAGAGACCGAGCCCGAGGCCUGGCCAAGCGAGCCCUCUCUUAUGGGCCAAGAACAAGCAAAUGGGGCCCGAGAUGGUGGAGCCGACCUCGCCUGAAGUGACCUGCGCCGGGCAGAUCAAGGUACGGCCCAAGGCUGCCGCGGGCGCCGCUUGCAAGAGCUGGCAGUCCGUGAUGGAAGAGAUCGAGAGGAUUCACAACAGCAGGAACAAGGUACACAAGAAGAGGAGGCCAGGUUGGAUGGAAUCUCUAGGGCUCAAGAAAGAGAUCACGCAGUUCUUGACAUGCUUGAGGAGCAUGAGGUUCGACCUCAGGUGCUUUGGCUCUUUCCCGGAAUCGGAGGCCCCUAGUGAUGAUGAGGUUGGGGAGGAUAAUUAUGAUGAGUACUACCCGAACAACCAUCUGGGUGCGGAAGGAAUUGAUGGAAAAGAGACUUCAAGGACAAUUUUCUCCAAGUGGUUCAUGGUGUUGCAGGAAAACCAGAGCAACGUGCUUCGAGAAGAGAGGAGAGAAAAGGAGAGGUCUUUGGUCGAUGCACCGCCAGCUGCUCCUCCACCAAACGCACUCUUGCUCAUGAGGUGCAGAUCUGCUCCUGCAAAAAGCUGGUUACAAGAAAAAGAAGAAGAAGAAGAAGAAGAUCAUGAUGAGGGCGAGGAAAAGGAGGAUAAAGAAGAGGAAAAGGGGAGGGGAGAGAGGAUAAAGAAACUGAGGAUGUUGAUAGAAGAAGAGAGGAAAGAGCAAGAAGUGCAGAGGGAGAAGACAGCAAAGUUGGCGGUGAUGAGAUAUGGCACUGAUCUCCACAAAGCUUCGCCUGACAUUGCAAGAGAAAGAUGGGUUAGUGGUGGGGCGAGAGGAAUGCUGUCAAGGAGCAUCAGUUGGAAGAGGUGAGGUCCGAGAAAAAGAAGAAGAAGAAGAAGAAGAAUAAGAAGAAGA